AAUUUUUAAUUUUUUUAUUAUAAAAAUGAAAAAAAUACCUUUUUCAAGUUUUUUGAUACUUUUUGGAUGUUUUUUACCUGAAAUUGUGUCGUCAUUUGAGGAAAUUAAUGAAUCAUCAGUUCCCCAUAAUCGCCAAAAGCGAAUGAACACAGCCCCUCCAGUACUGGGUCCAUCACAUCCAUGGGCACCUGAAAUCCCCGGAUUUCCUCAAUCCUUAUACGAUUUUAACUUUGACCUUCCUGACUUAGUCCAUAUUACAAGACAUGGUCAGAUGCUUGGGAUUGGCAUUGCAGUUCAUCCUUUUCUGGUCGUAGCGCGCGCUAGUUUUUUUGAACACAUGAAUGACAACAAUAUUGCAGAAUUUGUUGUUCGGUCGCAAGGAAUACAUGAUGGAUUUACUGUUGAGCACAAUAUACGAUUUGCUGACGUGAACGAGAUAUGCGAUACUACCCUGAUUGAAGUACGAGAACCUAUCCUGUUAGAAAGACCCGAACGUGAAUCUUUUUAUCUCGAACAAACUGGAUUAACAAUGCGAGGUAUUUAUUGGGCUGAGCAUGAGGCCACUAAGAUAAGACAAAGAAGGAUAGGCCAUUAUUCACGCCAUCCUGACCCACUACAGCCAAACGCAUUCCAGCGUGAGCACAUGAUUCGUCGGUAUCGCCCAAGACGAAGGCUUGAUAGUCCGUGA